GAUAGCAGCUUCAUUAAUUCCGCACCAAAACCCACAGUAGAAAUGAUAAGGCUUUCUAUUCUGCUCCUCUUCGUCUUAGCUGCAAUCGCUGAAUGGCAAGAAGGGAGCUCUGAUCUGCCCCGAGGAGUGGGUACUAGCGGCGGAGCUAUCUUACCGGCGGCGGUACUCGCCGGGGCUCGACGUCUACGGUUUGGGAGUAAGUCGGGGGAGUUCAAGAUACUGCAGGUGGCGGACAUGCACUACGCCGAUGGGAAGGAGACGGGAUGCCUGGAUGUGUUUCCUGACCAGCUCCCGUCCUGCUCUGAUCUCAACACCACGGCAUUUAUCUAUCGAGUUAUUCGCCAUGAGAACCCUGAUUUCAUCGUCUUCACAGGUGACAAUAUCUUUGGCAUAGAUUCUAAAGAUGCAUCAAAAUCAUUGAAUGCUGCAUUUGAACCUGCUGUUGCUCUCAAAUUACCAUGGGCUGCAGUAAUUGGCAACCAUGAUCAAGAGGGUACCUUGUCCCGUGAAGGUGUAAUGCAACACAUUGUAGGGAUGGAUCAUACCCUUUCGCAACUUAAUCCAACUGGAGUAGAAAUUGAUGGUUUUGGAAAUUAUAACUUAGAGGUUCGUGGGGCUGAGGGUUCUGCACUUGCUAACAAGUCAGUUCUCAAUCUGUAUUUCCUUGAUAGUGGAGAUUAUUCUACUGCCCCUGCCAUUCCAGGUUACGGUUGGAUCAAACCCUCUCAGCAAGUCUGGUUCCAGAAGACUUCUUCUCGCCUUCAGAAGGAGUACAUGAGAGGAGCUUUGCAGCAGAAGGAUCCAGCACCAGGCCUUGUUUAUUUCCACAUACCUCUACCAGAGUUCAGCUACUUCGAUGCAUCAAACUUUACCGGCGUAAAGCAGGAGGGGAUCAGCUCGGCGUCCAUCAACUCUGGUUUCUUUGCAACAUUGGUAGAGACAGGAGAUGCUAAAGCUGUCUUCACAGGGCAUGAUCAUCUCAAUGACUUCUGCGGCAAGCUUAUUGGUAUUCAGCUUUGCUAUGCUGGUGGAUUUGGAUACCAUGCAUAUGGGAAAGCCGGCUGGUCGAGGAGGGCGAGGGUGGUUUCUGCAUCUCUUGAGAAGACAUUGAGCGGUGAGUGGGGAGGAGUGAAGUCCAUUAAGACAUGGAAGCGCCUUGAUGAUGAACAUUUAUCCACCAUUGAUACACAGGUCUUAUGGAUUAAGGGUUCAACUGGGAGACGAAGGAAGAGCACUGUUCCAAAUUAAGAUAAAUGAGGAUGGUAGUUUCCAGUUACUGAUGUGGGUAAAGUUAUGCUGCUGGCUUAUAUAGGUAAGCAAGCUCUGAAUAUAAUUGGUUACUAGCUGAGAGUAUGUAAAGAGUUGGUAGAUUCAUCUUAAAGUGAUGGUCAUGUACUACAGCAUAAAUUUACAGAGGAGCAGAAAGUUGUUAGAACCUCAAGCUUUUUACCUUCUUUAGUGCCAGUAUAUUUUUGUUGUAGCUGUUAUUUGCAUUGGAAAUUCUGUGAUGAGGUUCCAGUGGUGAUAUACUAUGAAGUUGUUUAAUGUUCAGUUGAUUCAUCUUAUUAUGCCA